AGCACUCGUGGAUGAAAGUGUGUGAAGAGGACCGGAGACGAGAUGCUGUAGGACUGUUUCCAGGACUUUGAGUUUGGGGAGACGUUUGCUGUGUCGCGACUUGGGUAUAGCUUACAAAAUGUAAAAAGGAGCCGGACCUCCUGCUCCUGAUCGGCUAUUUGCACACAUCCAAGGUUGGUAGAGAGUGCAUGGGCCGGUCUGAAAACAGGAAGUUACAUCAUCACAACAGAGAGGUCGCCCUCUUCUGGAAUUGAAUGGGUAGGCUACACUGUGUGUGAAUGUGUGUAGGUGUGUGUGUGUGUGCGUGUGUGUGUGAAUAGAGGGCCUGCAUGCUGCUCACAGCUCCUCUCCCCAUGAAGGGCAGACACACACAGACACACAGACACACACACGCGCAAGACACACAAUUUGUGCAAGUGAUUUCACAGCAAGGACGGGGGAGCCUCCUGCUGUAGAGGACAGACUGGGAAUCUCAGCUCUCUGAUUUCAGCAGGAUGAACAGCAGAGGAGUCUGGAUAAGAUGACUCAGACUGGCAGUCUCUCCCUCUCUCGCCACUGGCUGGAUCCCCGUACACACAACAUCAUUCCAGAGCCUAUCUGAUGAGAUUUAGUCACCAAGGUUAUCCAGUCCUUUCCUCUGCCACCUGCAAAGUCGCAUUGCAGUUUCUUGCACAAAGGCACCAUGGGAAACAUAGUCCAGUGCUGUCACACACUGUCAAAAUACUUUAAGUGUAAGGAUGCACCGACCCAGGGUGAGGCGGAAAGAUCCCCUCUGCUGUCCAGCGAAGAUAAUGAAUGGGAAUCGGCCAGCAUGCCGGACAACUUGGAGGACGAUCUGUUAACCCUCUCCCUCGGUGGGAAAAACCCUGCCCUCGAACCAGAGCACUUCCUGUUUCCUGACAUCAUCCUAAGCAGCAACUUGGGAGGGGAUGUGACUCUGGUGGAGCCGAUGGUGUGUCUGCUGGUGUCUGAGGAGGAAGAGGGAGCGAGGGUGGACUGGCCAAGAGAUGAAGGACAAGAGAGGAGCAACAGGUGGAGAAACAAGGGGUUUUUGGAGGCUGAGACACAGACUGAAGUGGAGACACAGAUUGGUACGGGGGUGCAGACUCAGACAGAGUCACAGGCAGAAAUACAUGUGGUCAAUAAUCAGACUGUGGAGGGAGAAAGAAACACGCUAAGAGAUACUGCUAAUUCAAAAAAGACGGUUGUGGAAGAACAUGAAAUACUGAGACAGGUGGGUGUGCUCUUGGAGGCACACACAUCUCGAGACACUAAAAUGGCGUCAGAGACAUCAAAGAAAUGGAUAGACUCUGGAACCUGGGCUGACAUGGAAGUUUUUGAUCAAAAGUCAGAGAGAAACAAACUAGCCUUUAGAGAUGUAGACAAAAAAGCUGAACAGAGAGAAUUGAUAGAGAAUCACAUCCACAGGGAACUAAUCCCCAAUUCAACAAAGCGUGUAUUUAAAACCAAACAAAAUACAGAGCUAAUGGAGGAGUUGAACACUGAUGAAGGGAAUGUCUUUAAGUUGCAACAGACAACUGUUGCUGCUCAGGAAAACACAGACGUUGUCCGGACAGAGCCGACACAGGAGAACGUUUCAAAGUGCACCUCCGUGAUGCCGACUGAACCCCACAACAAUAUGGAUGAGGACACACAGAAAGAAGUUCAGCCAACGAAAUGCAGCAUCAAGAGCACUGAGGUUGACCCUGCUGAGUGUUGUGUAGACCCGACUCAACAGAGUUAUCAGGAUAUUGAACAGUUGGGACAGUCGACUGUGGAGUCGGAUCAGAAUGUAAAUGAAAAGGUCCGCGACGUUAUCCACACAAAAACAAACAUGAAUCUGCUCGAGGAUCACAUUCAGGGCCACGACCCAGUGAAGAGAGAAGAGGACGGCCUCAACAGGACCGCUCCGCCACACGAGGAGGAGGAAGAGGCCGAGAUGAAGCGAGCCUUGCUUUUAGUCGACAGGCUGUUUGUGGCAGCACCACAUGUUAAAGCACCUCCAAGUCAGACUGAAGAAAGCCCCGAGGAUGAUCGUCCACAGGAGUGUGAAAGGAAACUCAGCAUCAGGGACGUAGUCGCUCUCCAAGAGACAGACUUUACUCUCCGGAUUCAACCUCCUGAAAAAGACAGUUUUGAGCUUCAGGUGUCAAGCCAGAUGUUGGUAGCCGAGCUGCACCAGGUGCUGAUGGAGCACGAGAUCAGCUGCCAUUGCACAUGCUUCUCCUUCCAGCUGGGAGGCAUCGCGCUCGACAGCCUCACAGAGCUGAGCUCCAUCCAGAGCAUCCAGGACGGAGCGCUGAUCAAGGUGGUGGAGGAUCCUUACACAGUGCGUGAUGCUCGUCUUCAUCUCAGACAUGUUCGUGACCUUCUGAGGAGCCUUGACCCAUCAGAUGCAUACAACGGAGUGAACUGCAGCUCACUCUCUUACCUCACCUUUUACACAAAAGGAGACAAGGACAGUGACAGCGUGGGGAACAGGAGAGCUUCUGAAAAGGAGUCUUCCGACUGCAGCCCUCCAGAUUACAUCCUCCCUGGAUGUAAGGACCGACCACUGAUUCCGCUGCAGCCGUUUAGAGAUGACUGCAAGCCAUUACAGUGCCUGCGGGUUCUGACCAUGAGCAGCUGGAACCCUCCUCCAGGAAACAGGAAGAUGCACGGGGAUUUAAUGUACCUCAACGUGCUGACUAUGGAGGACAAAGAGCUCAACAUUACAUCCUCUACUCGGGGCUUCUACCUCAACCAGUCAACUACCUUCAACUUCAACCCUAAACCUGCACUUCCCAAAAUCCUUUGCCACUCUCUAGUUGAGCUGCUGAGUCAAGUCAGCCCUGCUUUCAGGAAAACCUUCAGUGCCCUGCAGAAGAAGAGAGUCCAGCAACACCCUUAUGAGCGGAUCGCAGCACCUUUCCAGGUGUUCACCUGGGUCGCCCGUCAUGGAGACCACACCCUCGACUGUGUCAGAGCGGAGGAGACACACACCAGUCGCAUGGGCCAGGACGAGCACACAGCCGGGCAGAAUCGGGACUGGAAUGAGGAGCUGCAGGGAUGCAGGGAACUUGCAAGGAACUCCCUUCAGGAGCGCCUGCACAGAGAGAGGAGCAUAUUCAAGACAAACAGUGACUUUGUUGCCGCUGCAACACGAGGUGCUGUCGCUGUGAUCGACGGGGACGUCAUGCCGUUAAACCCUGGGGAGGCGCCUCACGUGCAGAUGUUCAUCUGGAACAACCUGUUCUUCAGCCUCGGGUUCGACAUUUCCGAGCACUACAGCCCGCUAGGGGGCAACACUGCUGCUCACGCUGCUGCCAUCUGUGACCUGAGAGGAGCACAGGCAUACACAUCUGUAGACGUAGAAGGCCUUCACACACUCGGGACGGCUGUGGUGGAUUAUCGGGGCAUCCGUGUUAGCGCUCAGACCAUCGUUCCUGGGAUACUGGAGAAAAAUCAGGAGCAGAGUGUUGUCUAUGGCUCUAGUGACUAUGGAAAAACAGUUUUUACACACCCCAGGUUUCUGGAGCUUCUGGAUAAAACCAGUGAACCGCUAAGAAUCCAACGUCACCAGGUGCUCGACCACAGAAACAGCCCAGUGGAGCUUUGCUCUGGCAUCGAGACCAAAGGCAUUCUGGGUAAUGACGGAAGACCAUACAUUUUGGACCUCCUCCGAACCUUCCCCCCUGACCUUAACUUCCAGUUCUCAGAGACAGAGGAGAGGAGGGAGGUGCCGAAGGAGUGCCUGCUCUUUGGUUACCCACGGCGACACCAUCACAGCCUGGCCAGCCUGAGACCAGAGCUGAUAGAGGCCUUCGCCCAGCAUAGGUAUGAACUUUAUGUCAAGAUGGUGUCUCAGGAUCUCAUCCAAACAGAAGAACACGAUAAAGCCUUGGAGCAGAGAAUUGGGGAUGCAGCCACAUCUGUUGCUGAUAUGGAAUUUCAGAGAAGAAGUGUGAUUAUGAAAGCCUGCGAGGCUGUCGGAUCAGUGAGCGACUCCUGCUUCGACAUCCGCUUCAACCCUGAUGUUUGCUCUCCGGAUGUUUGUCCCCCCUCUGACUGUGUUGCGGAGGUUCAGAGGCAGAGGCAGUUGUUAUGGGAUGUGGCUGCUUUUCUACUGUCCAAUCAGAUUCCGGCAGUGCUGAGGGACUGUCUGGACCACUCAGCAGUGCCGAUGGAUGGAGCGACCCUGACCUCAGUGCUACAUCAGCGGGGUGUGAACGUGCGAUACCUGUGCACCCUAUUGAGUGAGCUGGACAGGGUGGAGGACAGAGGAAGACUCAGCCACAUACAGAGAAUUUCUAUCAGUGAAGUCAUCAUCAGAAGUGCAAAACACAUCUUCAGGACAUAUCUACAGGGCGUGGAACCUGCAGCUUUCUCAGCUGCUGUCAGUCACUUCUUAAACUGCCUCCUGAGCUCCUCCUCCUGCUUCGCAGACUUCUGCUCAGAUGAGCUCCUCUCUCGCCGCAGGAGCCGACGGCGACGGAGCAACGGGAGUCGAGUCGCCUUGUUGACAGACAGCGUGUGGGCUAGACUGAGCCCCGAUGAGCUGUGGGGCCAGAUCAGGACUGAGGCUGGAGAUUAUUACACUACACGAUAUGACAGUGAAAGUAUAGAUGAAGUAAUAAAAAAGCACAGCCUUCAGAGGAUCUCACUACUGAGAGAGAUGGCCGUCAAGACGGGCAUCCAGGUGCAGCUGAGGGAGUAUGUGUUUGAGUCUCGACACAGGCCGGUGUUUGCUGAGGAAGAUGUUGUCAACAUGUUCCCUGUGGUCAAACAUCUCAAACCUACAGCAACAGACGCCACACGGCUUGUGCAACACGCACAGGUAGCAGUACAGCAGGGGCUUCUCAAAGACGGCCAUGAAUUGAUCAGCCAGGCCCUGACUCUGUUCAGCAGCGUAUGUGGUGUCCUGCAUGAGGACGUGUGCAUGUGCCUGCGUCUCCUGGGACGGAUCUGCUACAUCCUGGGGGAGUAUGCAGAUGCCCUCAGCCACCAGGAAAAGGCUGUGAUGAGUAGUGAGAGAAUACAAGGUAUCGACCAUCCACAGACCAUACAAGACUAUACUUACUUGGCCCUGUACUGCUUUGCUGGCGGCCGGCAUUCGACCUCCCUUCAGCUUCUGUAUCGCGCACGGUACCUCACGCUGCUUGUGAGUGGAGAAGACCAUCCACAAGUCGCACUGCUGGAUAGUAUGCUGGGUCUAGUGCUUCAUGGCCUGAUGGAGUAUGAGCUUUCCCUGAAGUUCCUAAAGAAUGCCUCAACGUCAACUUCAAAAUACCACGGUGCCACUUCCCUGAAACAUGCACAAAGCCAUCACCUCCUUGCCACUGUGUAUGAAAGUAAAAGAGAGUUUCGAUCAGCUCUGCAACACGAGAAAGAGGCCCUUUCAAUAUAUAAGAGCCAGGUUGGGGAGAACCAUGAAAGUACGAAGGAAAGCUCAAAGUACCUAAAGAGCCUCACUCAGCAGGCUGUGGCUCUUCAGAAAGCCUUCAACCACAUCUACAGUAACACACCUGCCUGUGUUCCACCUUCUAAGUUUUCCACACCCAGCUUUCCCACAAUCCUUCAGCAGCUCAACCUGACAUGUGGAAUCCUUCUCAUUACCCUCAGUGCAAAAGAAUUAGCAGACCUGAGGACCGAAAUGAAAGGAAAGAAACAAGUUGAAUGGGAGAGCUGGAAAAAGACUUAAGAACUGCAGACAACAACCCUGAACUAUGGACCAAAGGGACUGAAGCAUCUGUUUAGUCAGUCAAACUCCUGGCCGCGGACAAUGAGUAACAAUGGCAAUUGGAAACCUGGCAAAUUGAUGGUGUUAACACGUUUAUCCUACUUUGAACAACAAAGCCAAGACACAAACAGAUGCAGCACUCUCCUUUUGGAGGAGGAGUUUGUUCUGCUGUUGUCAGCGGAGGAGAGAAGAGCCUUACGACUCAGCUCUUAAAAUAUGUGGGAUCCAUGUAUGAAUAUCAUAUGUAAACUAUUUUUGCUUUUAUCAGACACAUCUAUAAACAUCCACACUAAAUCAAAGUAUAUUGCUAGAUAAAGAGACACGUAUAGUAAGUUAGGCCUCCUUCAACUGAGGAAAACAAACAAACAGCAACAGUCAAAUGUCUUAGAUGUUUUAAAUGAUCUUGCAGUCCCUUGUGUGUCCACUGGGCUUCACAGUUGUGCCACUUCUCAUAACAUGUUAUUCCGAAAUGAAAUUCUAAUUAGCUGGCUAUUAUUGUUGAAUCCAUGUUGUUGUCAUUAAUAUCCAGGUGACUGUGGAGAAAUAAACAUCCGAGCAUCUUAUAUCUGACAUUAAUGGUAUUUAAGUGAGUCCCUAAACUGGAAAUGAGAGCAUUACACUUUGAAUGUAUUGUUGUAUAGUUACAUUUAGUCGAGUUGGUCCACUGGCACCAAAUUACUGACUAAUUGUGCGAUUAGUGAAUUUCAUUCGAGAUAUUAUCCCAAAUAACUGCUAUUUUGAUACAUGUCUUACAAUUGAUGAUCUGUAAAUGUACCCAUGUAGUACAUUUCUAAAUGCGUUGGCGGUUUUGUUAUAGUUUUCUAGGAGUUGUUCAUCAUUAGAGCUUAAUGAUUUCUCAAAAAAUAGUGACAUUUUCACUACAACUUGUCCCUCAGCUGAUCAUCUCAGUGAGAAACUUGUUUGCAAUUAAAAUUGCUCAAAUUAAAACUUGGCUGUACACAAUAAAAAAACAUCCUGUAAAGC